CGCCUCGUUCUCUCCGUGCUUCAGAUGAUGGCCCUUGUAUAAUAUGGAAGAAUUUGAGCGCAAAGAGGCAUUCUCCGAAAGCAAUGGUGAAGGGAUGCGGUCGUUUGCAGCUCGGGCAUGCACCUGCGUGCGCUCCUGCUUCUAGUUAAAUGCCAGUGUUCCAGGGCGGUGCACGCGCGUUGCUGAUGAUCGCUUUCGCAAUCUGGCUGUUGGCCCAUCGGAGCUUCCAUGGCCAGCCUGACGAGCCACUCAGGCUAUCUGAAAAUCUUUCACAAGAAAUAUGCAUUAUGGCUGGCCACGAUGUGUUCAAAAUGAUCCUAGCGGAAUCAUGGGCUCGCUCCGCCCUGUGGACAGGCCCGACACAGACGACAGCCGACGACUACCAAGCGCCGUGCCAGAAGCAGACAGAUAACGACGCAGACAUCGUGCGCAAGCGCACAGAAGAUACGACUGUAAAAAAAACAUGUAGAUAUUGAGCAGAGAUGUUGCUACAUACAGAUGACAAAUGCGUGCAUGCUUGAAUACUAUAAUGCUAGAA